AGUAGAUAGAGCAGAUAGAAAAAAAAUGAACAGCGGAAUCACCGUGUCACUCCCAAUGGACGAGCCUCCCAUUCUCCGACGAGACCAACAACAACAACAACCAGCGGAAGACGACGAACGACGUCGUCAGCGGCAGCUCGAAGAAGAAGCCCUUGAAAUCCAAUCCCUCAAGCGCAUCAUCAGCGCCUACCUCAACUAUCCAGAGGCUGCAGAAGAGGAUGUGAGAAGAUAUGAAAGAUCCUUUAAAAUGCUUCCACCAACCCAUAAGGCGCUACUGUCUCACUACCCUUCCAAGUUUGAAAGGCUAAGACGGUGUAUUUCUGCCAAUUCAUAUUUCAUUUUUGAUAUGCUUCAGGCAUUUGAACCCCCACUUGAUUUGAGCCAGGAUGGAGAUGUUUGUGAUGACCCACAUGUUCGAAACAUCCCAUCUUCUCAUGAUGUUUCUAGUUUAACAAAUUGCUCUUCUCAAAUAACCUCCACAAGCCAAAGUAUGCAUGUUUCCAAAUCUGAUCAAGCCUAUGUAAUAGAAGGGACCAGCACAGCCUGCAAUUUACCAAUAGGGGAAGAGAAGCAAGAAAGUCAUGGGCAGUCCAUCAACGGCAGUCUCACUUCAGGCUUGGAAUAUGUUGAAGAGAUUCCACAUAAUUGUCCUGGGAAUGAUGCCAUUGAGUCCAAUGGAAACGUGUCAUCGUCAACUCGUACAUGGUUGGAUUCAUCUACACAUAUACAUGUUCCAUUAGUUGAUGUUGAUAAGGUGCGAUGUAUUAUACGAAACAUAGUUAGAGACUGGGCAGCUGAGGGUCAGAAAGAACGUGAUCAAUGCUACAGGCCUAUACUUGAAGAACUUGAUUCAUUAUUUGUUAAUCACUCUAAGGAAAGCCCUCCUGCCUGCUUAGUUCCUGGUGCUGGACUUGGGCGGCUUGCUUUGGAGAUCUCAUGUCGAGGUUUCAUUAGCCAGGGAAAUGAAUUUUCAUACUACAUGAUGAUAUGCUCAAGUUUUAUUCUCAAUGCUUGUCAAACUGCUGGGGAGUGGACAAUAUAUCCGUGGAUCCAUAGCAAUUGUAAUUCACUCUCAGAUGAUGACCAACUUCGCCCCAUUUCAAUACCAGAUAUUCAUCCUGCCAGUGCCGGGAUUACUGAAGGUUUUUCUAUGUGUGGUGGGGACUUUGUAGAGGUUUAUAGUGAUCCAAGCCAAGUAGGUGCUUGGGAUGCAGUUGUGACCUGUUUCUUUAUUGACACAGCACACAACAUUGUUGAAUACAUUGAAAUCAUAUCAAGAAUCUUGAAAGAAGGAGGCGUUUGGAUAAAUAUGGGUCCUCUGCUGUAUCACUUUGCAGAUGUAUACGGACAAGGAGAUGACAUGUCCAUUGAACUAAGUUUGGAAGAUGUGAAGAGGGUUGCUUUGCAUUAUGGAUUCCAUGUCGAGAAGGAAACAACAGUUGAGACAACCUACACUACAAAUCCCAGAUCAAUGAUGCAGAAUCGAUACCAUGCUGCUUUUUGGACAAUGAGAAAGAGAUCAGCAACAAUGCAGCACACCAGUCCUUAAAUAGUUGGUUUUUUUCUUUUGAAUAACAUUAAACUAAUUAUUUGUGGAUUUUGAAUUUUUGAUAGUCAUUGUGAAGCAACUGAAAAUAUAGUUUGCAAGGUGAUUUACCAGA